AUGAGAUUCUUAUUAUUUAAUGUUUACAUUGUUAUGACAUCAUCUGACCACCAUUGUUGUUCACAUGAUCAUUCUAAACAUGACGAUAAUCACUCCGUCACAGCAUCAGUAUCAACAUCAAUUGGUAAACCGGUACUCGCUAAUUCAACCAGUACAAUAAAUUAUAAUGUUGAUGAUGAAACUAAAACUGUCUCACAAUUAUUUGAUAUAGCCUGGAAAAUCCAGAAUAAUUUACAAGAUUCUAAUAUUGAUACAACGUCUGAUGAUUAUGCAACAAAGCUGUCAGAAGAAAUACGUCUGUUAAAAUUAUUAGAAGAACGUAUACAAGCACUCGAUUUGUUCAGUAAGAAUGAACAUUAUGAUGAAGUGACAACAAAUAAUAUUCGUUAUUUUUUAAUCUAUGCAUUUCUUGGAUGGUUAUAUCAAACAAAACGUUCGAAACCAUCGGCUCGUAUUAUCAAUGUUCAACAAGCAUGUGAUUAUUAUAAAAAAUUUCUCACAAUAACAAAACAAUAUUUCUUACACCAACAUCAAAUACCCGAACCACUUUCAACCGAUGGUGAUCAAAUUGAUUUAAAUUCACCAGGUGAUUUAGCAAAAGGAAAUCGGAAUAUGACAAAAAUGGCACAAGAUCGAGCAAGCAAAAUACGCGGACAUAUGAAACGUCGAGAAGAUGAAGAGGCAAUGUAUGCGUAUGAAGAAGCAAUGAAACGUGAUACAACAGAUGAGGAAGCAAAACGAAAUUUUUAUCUUAGUAAAGUUCGUUGGUGGAUAAAUGUAGCAAUUGACGAUAUUGAUUGUUUAUAUGAAGAAUUAAAACUUCUUCAACAACGUGCACUAUUAACCGAUGAUAAUGAAAUUUUACAUCGUCCACAAAAAACUACUAAUCCAUUGAAAACCAUGAUUUUAACACGUGAUCAAUUACAAUCAAAAGUAUUUGGAGCUGGCUAUCCGAGUAUAUCGACAAUGACUGUAAAUGAAUUUUAUCAAAAUUUAACUAAACAAGGAUUUAUGCCAACUGAAGAAGAACAGAAAGCGUUGAAAAAUGGUAUGAAAGUUUUACAAGCACCUAUGACGUUUCCAACAGCAAGCGACAUGGAAAAAGAAACAAUUGCUAAAGAAGAAUAUGUUGAGAAAGACGAUCCAAAUAUGAUUCGAUAUUUACGUUCGAAAGACGAAUUUAAAGAGGAACAUUUACGUGUUGGAAAAGAUGUUGUUGUUGAAUUAAAAAAUGAUUUAAGCAUAGCUGGUACUCUUCACUCUGUUGAUCAAUAUUUAAACGUCAAAUUAACAGAAGUUCAAGUAUUAGAUCCCGAAAAGUAUCCUCAUAUACAAUCUGUUAAACAUUGUUUUAUACGUGGCUCAGUUAUUCGUUAUAUACAAUUGCCUCCAGAUGAUGUUGACACACAAUUAUUGCAAGAAGCAACUCGUAAAGAAUUAUUUUUUAUAGCAAUGUUGGCCUCUACUUCAACGAGUUUACGUUGUUUUCCUGUGCGAUAUGGUCCUGGUACAGAAAUCAUUUCCGCGGUGCAUAGACUAAUGGAAGCAAAUCAUUUGAAAGCCACAUUUAUUAUGUCGUGUGUUGGUAGUGUUCGCUCCGCUACAGUGAGAUUCGCUGCAACACAUGAUCAUACAACACUAACGACACCUCAUGAAAUAGUAUCCUUAGUAGGCACAUUCGAUGAAAAAACGCAUCAUAUCCAUGGAAGUUUUUCCGAUAGCAAAGGCAAUCCAAAUUCACAUGCGUCGGUAGAAAAUGAUACACCACCAUCACGUUCGUCAAUAACUGAUACUCCAUCUCAUUUAACUUCAAAUUUCAUAGCAACAAUUUCACAACAAUAUAUGCCAUCACCACGUAAUCUUCGUAAUCCAUCACCGCCAAAAGAAAGUCAAGACGAUUUACCUCGAGAUGAUAUGAUUGGUGAUACUAUGUAUUCAAAAUCAUGGUUAUGCAAAGUUUUAUUAAAACUAAUCGAACUUGUAUCACCUCAAUCUCAUGAAUCAUUUAUUAAUCAUAUUCGUCAUCAUAGUACAUUACAGAAAUCAGCAUCAAUUAAACAAUAUCUUAAUUCUCCAUUAUCGACAUCUGAAUCACCAACAACUUCAACAUUAUCAAAACGAACAAAUAGUCCAUCAAAUAUUGUUGCUGAAUCAUCAUCAACUAGUUCACCAAUUGUAUUAGAAUUAGAAGAGAUAUUUGAAAAUGAAUUAUGUGAAUUAUGGGAUAUUUCAGUGAAUCGUGAUGUUGUUCAAUUAUUAUAUGAUUUUAAUUCAUUAGAAUUAUUUCUUCUUGUCUUAUUAGAAUGUAAAUAUCAACGAUGUAUAGAAAUAGUUAUUGGUAUUAUUGGAAAUAUGGCAUGUUCAAAAGGAGAUGAUGAUACUGUUGAUAAUAAUAUUUCAUUAAAAAUUGUUCAACAUGAAACAUUAAUACAAACAUUAAUUAAUCUAUUAUCUAUUGAAGAUUGUCCAACAUUAAUUCAAUUAUUUCGUUUAUUUUAUACAUUGUUACUUCGUUUAGAUACUCGAUCAUUUAUGUAUGAACAUAUUAAAUCAAAUUCAGCAAUUUGUUAUGAAUGUUUUUGUUUCAUAUUACAAUCUUGUUUAAAUUCUCAAUUAUUAUAUCAUUGUUCAUGUGUUCUAUUAAUACUAUUAGACGAAUGUGAAAUGUUUGAACAUGAAGGUAUUAAUAAUACCGAUGAAACAUCUCGUUUACUAUUAGAUUCAUUAUGUAAUGCAAUAAAUACAAUAAUUGAACAAAAUGAGGGUGUUAUAAAUACAACAGUUAAAAAUGAAACAUUAGAACAUUUAUUUAAUUGUUUACAAAUUUAUACAACUUAUUUAAAUUUAAGUAUUUUAUUAGCUGAAUAUAAAGAUACAAUAAUGAAAUUAGUUAAAAUUAUUUUAGAACGUUUAGCAAAUGAUGAUGUUGUACAAAUUAAAUCAUUACUAUUAUUAUCAUGUUUAUCUAUACUUAAAUAUUAUUUACAAGAAUAUGGUUUGAUAAUAUUAGACAAAAAAUUAUUUGACGCCCUUUUAAUUAUUGUUAACACAUUUUAUCAAGAAAAAAAACAUAAACAACGUCAAUUAUCAAAAGAUUAUCGACGACAACGAUCAAGAACAUCAUCAAAAUCAGCAACAAAUGAAUUAUCACAUUCUACUCAUCGUAGUAAACAUCGACAUGAUCAAAAUGAAGGCUUAGAACAGAAAAAUAACAAUACUAUUAGCGAUGAAUUCUUAGCAACAACAUCAAAACAAUCGAACGAAUUAUCAUCAGUUAUUUCAACUACUCACUCAGUACCACCACUACCAGCGGCAGCAGCAGCAACAGCAGCAAACGCGUCUAUGUGUGUUGAUUGGGAAGAAGACGACGAUGAGCAUGCAGAAUUGUUACGUGAUAAUGACAACAGUUUAAAUGGCAAACGUGAUUAUGAUCCGCAGAUGAGUGAAGAAAAUGAUUUACAUCAUACGGCAUACGAAAUUAUUGAUGAAUUAUUUUUGGAUAUAUUUUAUCGUGCAAUCAAAAAUCAAUAUCAAAAUUCGAUGGAAAAUAAUUUAUUUAACAUGUUGAAUGUUGAACAACGACAAUUAUUUCGAAAAAUUAUUUUUAAUUUUUGUAAUAUUGAAAAACGUUUAAAUGACAUAUUGGAUUUAUAA